AUGAUAGCCAGAGGCAAGAUCCUUCAGAUGGCCAUAGCAGCUUUCGCUGCUUAUGCUUUCUUUACCUUGCUCGUCAGAUUCAUAGGAGAUGAGGCGUGGCCAAACUCCCUGUCUCACUCUCCUCGGAACUUCAUACACGACAGUACCUUCGAGCACAUCCAGAACCGCACUCUUGGGUUUGAGCAUAUAUAUGCAAUCAGUAUGAAGGAACGGACCGACAAACGCGAUUUUUUGACACUGGCUGCCACGGUAUCGGGAUUCAAAGUUGAAUGGCUCGAUGGAGUUCGUCCAGAUGAUCUGCACCCCAAGGCCAUGCCCGAUGGAGCGGACACUUCACUCAUGAAGCCAACCGUUAUUGCGUGUUGGCGUGCUCAUAUGAACGCAUUGCUCAACGUGAUAACAAAUGACUAUUCCACUGCUCUGGUGUUGGAAGACGAUGCAGACUGGGACGUAAGCCUCAAAUCCCAGUUGCGCGAGUUCGCCCGGGGGCUGCACACACUCAAAGGAAACGACCAUGUCUCGAAAGAGGCCCCGUAUGGAACUGAUUGGGAUCUACUUUGGAUUGGCGGAUGUGCUUCUGGCCCGAACGCGAACGAAACCAGUUUCUAUGCUAUCCCUAUGGACCCCACGGUUCCCAGGGUCCACCACCGCUCCACUUGGGGCGGACCCACUGAUGAGUGGAGAGAGAAAUACCCCGAGCUUGCCGAAGACUCCACACGCUUCAUUUAUCGAGCUGAGAUGGGCUGCUGCAUGUUUGGCUAUGCAGUGACAAACCGAGGCGCGAGAAAUAUCCUUUCGGCUCUUUCGGUCGAUCGCUUGGACAAGCCAGUAGAUAAUGCUUUGGGUGAUUUGUGUGCUGGAUCGUACGGCCGCCGACAAAUCGAAUGCUGGGCUCCUUUUCCCAAUUUGAUUGGUACGCAUAGACGAGCCGGUUCAGCUUCCCGGGACUCAGAUAUUGAGAAGAACAACAUUGCUGAAUUCCACGAAGAACAAGCCUGGAACAUGGUGUACAGCACCAGGCGCAAUAUACAACAACUGAUUGCUGGCGAGGAUACUGUUUAUUCCCAAUGGAAGGAUGAAGAUGUGCCGUGGUCCAGCAAAGAAAUUAGGCACAAGGAGUUCAUCUAUCCUGGAGGGUAUCUUGUUAACUAA